AUGACGGUGUCGGUGGGUAUACUCUCGAUCGGGGACAUGGGGAUGGGAAUUGCGCGGUUAUUGAAAGCGAAUGCGUAUCGAAUUGUUACCGUUGGAGCUGGGAGGAGUCAAGAUACUCUAGACCGCAUCAAAGCAGCCUCCAUUGAAGCGCUGCCCACAGACCAAGAUCUUGUAAUUCAGUCUGAUUACAUCUUGUCCGUGGUGCCGCCGCGAGAUUCUCUAGCGACAGCGCGACGGAUUUUUGAAGCGUUGCAACUACCAGACACUCUUUCCAAGAGGGCACAACUACGCGCGAGCGGCUCGCCGAAAGUUUACUUUUUCGAUUUGAAUGCAACUGCUCCCCGACUCAUGCGGGAGAUUGACGAUUUAUUUGCUAGCCUCUCAGUACCUGAACAGAAAGAAGCGACUGUCCAAUUCCUAGAUGGGGGGAUCAUAGGCGGUCCUCCGGUGUACACCGAGACUGAUCAGAAAUGGAAGAGACCUAGUAUUGUCAUCUCGGGUCCUGUGGAGGGUCUACCAUCUACGUUUCCAUCACUACUUUCAACACUCAACAUGAAGAUAGUCGGCCCCAAAAUCGGCUCUGCAUCCGCGCUCAAACUGUCCUUUGCAUCACUCACCAAGGGCCUCACCGCUCUGUCGCUAUUGUCAUUCACAACCGCACAAUCCGAGGGAGUCUUACCCGAGCUGCUGCAACAUCUCAACGAGUACUCGCCCAAGACGGGCGCGCUAGCUACAAAUGGAGCAGUAGCGAUGCCUCCCAAAGCGUACAGAUGGGUCGAAGAGAUGCGCGCAAUUGGCGAAGCGUUUGAUUCCGAGGGACAUUGGGGUGGGCUUGGAAGCGAUGUUUUCGACUCCUUUGCAGAGAUCUACAGACGCGUUGCAGAGGAGACGGUGUUGGGAGAAGAGAAAAUCGGGCAAAGACAAAGAGGGAAGGAAGUUGAGGAUGUCGCCGAGAUACUGGCUCAGGCGAACCGUGGAAGGACGUAA